AUGGCGGAUUCUGAUACCGUCACAAUGACAUUUCCAUACGACAUAAUUGCUAGGUUCCGCAAGCAAGAGGCAAUGCCGAGAGAGUUCUUCAUGGAUUUCGUGAAGGUGGCGCAAGAUGAAGGGCAUCACUUCACUCUCCUGGCAUCUCGCCUCGAGGAGAUGGGUUUGUUUUAUGGAGCUUUGGCGACCCACGACGGCCUCUGGCCCUCUGGGACUCGGCAACUACCACUUCCAGACCUAAUGGCGCGCCUUGCCAUCGAGCAUUGCGUGCACGAGGCGAGAGGACUCAACGUUGUCCCAACAACCAUAUCUCAAUUCCGCAACAAGGGCGAUGACAAAACGGCUGAAUUGCUGGAAAGCGUGGAAGUUGGAAAUUCUAGAAAACAAGGUGGCACAACAAAUGCAAAUGUACAGGCAAAUCAUGGGGAAAAAAAUGCUGUGAUCCUCUCGAACGAUUUGAAAGAAACCUGCCACCACGGUUAUUUCUGGCAAAUCUCCUAG